AUGGGCAAGAUUUCAGGUGCAGCACUUACACUCCUGCUGGUCGUCACAGUCAGUCUGUUCUUUCAGGACGAGGCAGCUUUCGGAUGUUGCAGGAAUUAUUCCAAAGGAAGGAUCUCUAUUAAUCGCAUCUGUGGCUUUUCAAUCCAGAACAUGACAGCAACUUGUGAAAUCAAUGCUAUCAUUUUCCACACCUGUAAAGGAAGACAACUGUGUGUUGAUCCUGCUGAGUCUUGGGUGAUGGACCGCAUCUACACACUAAGGGAUAAAGUGGAAAGAAUGAAGCAUGAAAAACAUCAGCGAAGAGGCUAAUGUAGUACUAUGUACUACCAACUGGAAAAUAAAAUAUAUUAUAUAUUAUAUAUAUCCAUUGAUUAAUAGA